AUGUUUACAAAAGUUAUUUCACACUGUCCUCUCAAGCUUCUCUUUAUGCGAAACUUGUCAAAUUUUAUUCAAUCUUCAACUUCGUCCCAGAGGGGUAUUGCAAGAUUUUCUCAGGAUUUGUCCUGUCAGAAUUCGUUUUCUCUUUCAAAAUCAAAUUUUUGGUGUCGGAAAAUAUUUUCUGCGGCACAACCAACGAGUUCUGAGAGUGCUACCCUUGUAGACGAUAUUGAGCCUUCAAAAGCUGGAAAAUUCAGUCUUUCAAAACUGUUUCUUUCUAAAUAUAAAGACGUCAUACCACCAUUUGGCUUUAAUGGUCUUGGAGAAAUAGUAUAUCGACGAACCUAUUCGAGAUUAAAAGAAGACGGUGAAAAAGAACUAUGGUGGGAAACUAUAGAACGCGUGGUCAAUGGUACUUUCAAUAUUCAAAAACGUUGGAUCGAACAAAAUGGUCUAACUUGGGAUUCAAAAAAGGCUCAAGGAUCCGCUCAAUCCAUGUAUGAUAAAAUCUUUAAUAUGAAAUUUUUACCACCCGGAAGAGGUCUUUGGGCAAUGGGCAGUCCUCUUACUGAAGAGCGCCAUCUUUUUUCUGCUUUGAAUAAUUGUGCUUUCGUGAGCACCGAAAAGAUGUUUGAUGGUAGUUCUUCUAUUAGCACUCCAUUUACAUUCCUAUUAGAUGCUAGCAUGUUGGGUGUUGGGGUUGGAUUUGAUACUAAAGGCGCGAAUUCGGCUGGAUCUAAAUUCCAUGUUAUCUUAGGUCCAAACACAUCGCGGCCACAUACUACAUAUUUUAUUGAGGACUCAAGAGAAGGUUGGGUAAAAUCUGUCGGAAUGUUGAUCGAUUCUUAUUUUUAUGAAAAUGCUGGCCCGUACAAAUUUAAUUAUAGUCAGAUUCGUCCACCUGGCUUAUCCAUAAAGGGAUUUGGAGGUAUAACAUCAGGUGCAGAACCUCUUAUACAGCUCCAUACACAAAUUUCUCGAUUGUUGAGCGAAAAUAUCGGAAAACCUUUGAACGUUACAAUCAUUGUGGACAUAAUGAAUCUAAUUGGGAAAUGUGUUGUCACUGGAAAUGUUCGAAGAGUAGCGGAGAUAGCAUUUGGUGAUCCAAGUGAUAAUGAAUACAUAAAUCUCAAAAAUUAUGAUAUUAAUCCACACCGAAGCGAAUAUGGCUGGACAUCAAAUAAUUCUGUGAGUUUUGAUUAUACAACGAUAUGUGAGCAAGUUAGAAAAAAUGGAGAACCAGGUUUUGCCUGGUUGGAUAAUGCUAGAGCUUAUAGUAGAAUGUGUGAUCCUCCGGAUCAUAAAGACAUUUAUGCCCAAGGUGGGAAUCCAUGUUUGGAGCAAACUCUGGAGUCAUAUGAAUUAUGUUGUCUGGUGGAAACGUUUCCGACAAAUCACACGUCAUUGGACGAUUUCUUGGAUACGUUAUAUAGCGCAUUCUUAUACGCAAAAACUGUAACUCUUGAAAGAACCCAUUGGUCACAGAGUAAUGCGAUCAUGUUAAGAAACCGACGAAUUGGAUGUGGAUUGAGUGGCAUUGCACAAUUUAUCAGUCAACGAGGAUUGGCGGAAUUGAAAACCUGGUGCGAAGAGGGUUACAAGCAUAUUCAGAAUGUUGAUAAAGAGAUUUCUAAAUGGUUUUGUAUACCCAAAUCUAUCAAAACCACAACAAUUAAGCCGAGUGGGACCGUUUCAUUACUAGCUGGAGCGACGCCUGGAAUGCAUUACCCUGAAUCAAGAUAUUGUAUUCGACGCGUACGACUUUCUAAACACUCAGAAUUAAUUGACCCACUUAAAAAGAUUGGGUUCAAAAUUGAACAAGAUGUUGUGGAAUCAAGUUCAUUAGUGGUCGAAAUACCUAUUGAUCAUGGGGAAGGUAUUAGAAGUUUGAAAGAGUUAUCCAUGUGGGAACAAUUGAGUUUGGCAGCAUUCUUGCAAAAAUAUUGGUCUGAUAAUCAGGUCAGUUGUACUGUAACUUUUGACCCCGAGACGGAAGGACCUCAGCUUAAAUAUGCACUUGAUUAUUUUCAAUAUCAACUAAAAGGUAUAUCAUUUCUUCCACGCAUGCCUUUGGGUGCUUAUGCUCAAAUGCCAAUAGAAGCUAUUAGUUCUGAACAAUACGAGAACAUAAUAUCUUCUGUUCUACCACAAUCAACAUCAACCUCUACUAUUACUGGCGCUAAACAAAAAAAUUUAAAAGUUGAUUUCCAAAAUAUUCAGUCUAAGGUUAAGUCUGAUCCAGAAAUAGAGCGGUAUUGUGAUACAAAUACGUGUUCUUGA